AUGACCAACGCCGAGCGUAAACGACACCAUAUUGCCUCGGACAGAAAACGCCCAUUAUGUGCGGAACCGAUGCAAGACAUUAACCAUUUACUACGCCUUUGUCUUUCGGCGGUAGUGAUUUGGAGUGCAGUAGUGAAGCGCGAUCGUUUGCAAGAGUUCCUGCAGAUGGAAAUGAAAGCAUGGAUAACAAUGAACCUGAGGGAAGUUUGUUGGUCAGAUCGAAAACUGGGAUAUCCUUUUUGGCGCAAUCAUAUGGAACAUUUGGCUCCAGCGCAACAACCGGUGGCAACCUCCACCAAAUGGGUGGCUCAAGGUGACUCGGACGGAGCUCGACAAAAGGAAUCUGGCCUCGCAUCAUGUGGAAGUGUGGUUAGAGAUCAUGAGGGGGUUAGCUAA